AUGCAAUCAUCGUGCAUAUUACCCAUUAUUAUCAUAUUAGCUGCAUGCACGGUCCAAUUGUACUUGGCUAAUUGUCCUAUGGAAAAAGUUUGCGCAUCUUUUACAGGCUCUGAUCUCGAGUACUGUCAAGACUUUUUUAAACGUAAGACAAUGGCAUUGCCAAGUUGCAUGUGCGAUAGUAAAUACACUGCUAGUGCAGACCGUAAAGCUGUGGAAUAUGUUGGUUCUUCGACCGAACCAUUCUCGACUUUCUCAUCCAAGUGUGUAGCUGCAUGCAAGAAAGCCACUCAAGAUUCGUAUUAUCAACGUCGUGGAACUGAAUGCCGCUGUAGAUGUCCAACUCUCGAUGACAUUCCAGGUUACUGA